AUGGUGUUCUGGGGUCUGGUGCUCGGAGCCCUGCUGGUGUUCACCGUGGGGUUCCUGUGUCUGCUGGGGCUAUCCCGGCAACGCAGGCCCCAGGAGCCCCCUCUGGAUAAAGGCCCUAUACCCUGGCUGGGCCAUGCCAUGGCUUUCCGGAAGAAUAUGUUUGAAUUCCUGAAGCACAUGUGGGCCAAGCAUGGAGAUGUGUUCACAGUGCAGCUAGGCGGCCAGUACUUUACCUUUGUCAUGGACCCCCUCUCCUUUGGCCCCAUCCUCAAGGAUGCACAGAGAAAACUAGACUUUGUGGAGUAUGCAGAAAAACUGGUGCUAAAGGUAUUUGGGUACCAGUCAGCGCAAGGAGAUUACCGGAUGAUACACUCAGCCAGCACCAAAUACCUCAUGGGGGAUGGCUUGACAGAGCUCAACAAAACCAUGCUGCACGGGCUGUCCCUGGUCAUGCUGCGGCCCAUGAGCCAGAGUCCGGAUGCUAGUUGCUGGCAUGAAGACGGCCUCUUCCACUUCUGCUACAACAUCUUGUUCAAGGCUGGCUACCUGAGCUUAUUCGGCUAUACAAAGGACCAGGAGCAGGACUUGAGACAGGCCGAGGAGUUGUUUGUCCAGUUCCGCAAGUUUGACCGCUUGUUCCCCAGGUUUGUUUAUUCCUUGCUGGGGCCCCGGGAGUGGCUACAAGUGGGCCGGCUCCAGCGUCUCUUCUACAAGACACUGUCCGUGCAGCAAAACUUGGAAAAGAAUGGCAUCAGCAGCUGGAUAUCCUACAUGCUUCAGUAUCUGAGGGAGCAGGGAGUAGCCCCAGCCAUGCAGGACAAGUUCAACUUCAUGAUGCUCUGGGCCUCCCAGGGGAACACGGGCCCCAUCUCUUUCUGGGCACUCUUGUUCCUGCUAAAGCACCCAGAAGCCAUGCAGGCCGUGAAGGAGGAGGCCACCCAAGUCCUGGGGGAGGCCAAGCUGAAGGCCAGGCAGUCCUUCGACUUUGACGUCAGCAUCCUACACCGCACUCCAGUGCUGGACAGUGUGUUGGAGGAGACGCUGCGCCUGGGGGCUGCGCCCACCCUCCUGAGGGUGGUACACGGUGACCACGUUCUGAAGAUGGCCAACGGACAGGAGUACCAGCUCCGAAGUGGAGACACUGUGGCCCUUUUCCCCUAUCUUUCAGUGCACAUGGAUCCUGACAUCCACCCGGAGCCCACUGCCUUCAAGUAUGAUCGCUUCCUUGACUCCAAUGGUAGCCGCAAAGUGGACUUCUACAAAGCCGGCAAGAAGAUCCACCACUAUACCAUGCCUUGGGGCUCAGGUGUCUCCAUCUGCCCUGGAAGGUUCUUAGCCAUCAAUGAGAUGAAGCUCUUUGUCCUGCUCAUGGUCACGUACUUUGACAUGGAGCUCGUGGACCCUGACAGACCUGUGCCACCUGUGGACCCCCGCCGCUGGGGCUUUGGCACCAUGCAGCCCAGCCACGAGGUGCCCUUCCGUUACCGCCUGCGACCUAUCAACUGA